AUGCUCCGAGUAAUUGUCCGUGGAGCACACACCAACUCGGCCGCCCGUCAGGCACUAAUUGAGAAAAUUAUUCGAGUCGAUCAUGCUGGAGAGUUGGGUGCCGAUCGCAUUUAUGCUGGACAAUUGGCUGUUUUACAAGGUUCCUCAAUCGGUUCGGUGAUCAAAAAGAUGUGGGAUGACGAGAAAGAACAUCUGGAUACGAUGGAACGAUUGGCGGCAAAACAUAACGUGCCGCAUACCGUAUUCUCGCCGAUUUUCAGCGUCGCCGCCUAUGCACUCGGUGUUGGCACCGCCCUUCUCGGCAAAGAGAGCGCAAUGGCGUGUACAGUUGCAGUCGAAGAACUCAUCGGACAACAUUAUAAUGAUCAGUUGAAAGAACUCCUCGCCGACGACCCGGAAACCCACAAAGAGUUGCUGAAGACGCUGACAAGAUUGCGUGAUGAGGAACUUCAUCAUCAUGAUACUGGAAUUGAGCAUAAUGGGUUGAAGGCGCCCGCCUACGACGCCCUCAAAUGGGUCAUUCAAACCGGAUGCAAGGGAGCCAUCAAGAUUGCCGAGAAAAUUUGA